AUGACCAAGCUAGCUGCCUCCCUCAUGCUGGCUGCUUUAGCAGCUGGCGUGAUGGCCUCGCCUGUCGCCGAGCCUGCAAUCACCGCAGCUCCAAACCUCGCCAAGAGAGCUACCAGCUGUACCUUCUCCGGAUCAAGUGGUGCUUCAAGCGCAAGCAAGUCUCAAAAGUCUUGCUCAACCAUCGUUCUCUCCAACGUCGCUGUGCCUUCGGGAACAACUCUUGACUUGAGUGACCUCGCGGAUGAUACAACCGUCAUUUUCGAGGGUGAGACAACUUGGGGCUACGAGGAGUGGGAUGGCCCAUUGCUUCAGAUUUCUGGCACCGGCAUCACCGUCCAGGGUGCAUCCGGCGCGUACCUGAACGGUGAUGGAUCUCGCUGGUGGGAUGGUGAGGGAAGCAACGGUGGAGUUACCAAGCCUAAGUUUUUCUACGCCCAUGAUCUUACCGACUCGACCAUCACCGAUCUUUACAUCGAGAACACUCCUGUCCAGGCUGUAAGCAUCAACGGUUGCGAUGGACUGACAAUCACCGAUAUGACCAUCAACAACGAGGCUGGUGACAGUGAGGGCGGUCACAACACUGACGGAUUUGAUAUUGGUGACAGCACCAGUGUUGUUAUCACCGGUGCGGAAGUGUAUAACCAGGAUGACUGCGUCGCAGUUAACUCCGGCACUGAUAUCACUUUCGAGAACGGGGUUUGCUCCGGUGGUCAUGGAUUGUCCAUUGGCAGUGUUGGCGGUCGCUCUGAUAACACCGUGGAUACAGUCACCUUCAAGAACAAUGAGGUUAAGUCCUCUACAAAUGGUAUCCGCAUCAAGGCCACUGAAGGUGAUACUGGAACCAUCAAGGGAGUUACCUACACCGAGAUUACCCUCUCGGAUAUCUCUGAUUAUGGAAUUCUCAUCGAGCAGAACUACGAUGGCGGUGACCUCGAUGGCGGCACCCCAACCAGUGGCAUUCCCAUCACCGAUCUCACAAUCAGCAAUAUCUCUGGUACUGAUGCCGUUGACUCGGAUGGCUACAACAUUGUUAUUGUCUGUGGAUCCUCUGGGUGCUCAGACUGGACUUGGACCGAUGUCAGUGUUACCGGUGGAGAGACAUACAGCGACUGCGAGAAUGCCCCUGAUAGCAUCAGCUGCUAG